AUGGCUUCAAAUGCAGGAGAAGGAGAGUCCACCUUGAUCGCCAUUGAUAUCGAUCGGAACAGCCAACAUGCAGUCAAAUGGGCUGUGGAACAUCUCUUGAAGAACAACUCCCCUUGCACCCUAAUUCACGUCACAACGAAAAACUUACAUCCAAAUGAUUUCGAGGUUUUCCCUAAGCAAGGUCGUCCACCAACAGAAGAAGAAUCGCAGCAGUUUUUUCUUCCCUUCCGAGGAUUCUGUGCUCGAAAACGGGUGGUAGUUAAAGAGUUAGUUCUGCAUGACAUUGACGUAUCAAACGCUCUUGCCAAUUUCAUAGUUGACAACUCUAUCAACAACGUUGUUCUUGGUGCUUCUCGCUCCAAUUCUCUCAUAAGGAAAUUUAAAGAUGUAGAUCUUGCAGCAAGCUUAGUGAGGUCUGUGCCAGAGUCUUGCAUGGUGCAUGUUGUAUCAAAGGGAAAAGUGCAGAAUAUUCGACCAGUAGGUCAUUCUCAAACUAUUAGUAUUUCGCCAUUAAAAUCUCUAAAAGGGAUUAGGGGAAGUUUUCGUUCCAAAGAUUUAAACAGAAAAUCGUUGAAGUAUAAAUUUUGGCAAGGCUCGAACAAUGACGAGGUAUAUGCGGUCACACCACACAAGACUCAUGGAGCGACAACUUCUCCAAAACCAUUGGAUGAAACUCACACCAUACAAAAUUCACCCGAUCAAAUGACUCCGAUAUCAAAUGAAAACCAAUUUAUUGUCGAUAAAUCAGAUAAUCACACUCGCAAGAGCAAAUUUUGUAAAAAGUCCCGAGCAACAAAGACUAUGCAAAAAGAGGGAAACUUAGAAAAAGAUAAGCUUGUUGAAGUGCCUACAUUAACAUUGACAGAGAUGGAAAGAGAAAAACUUGAGACAACUGUGAAGUCAGUUGAAAUAUCAAAACAAAUGGAAGUAAUGGAAAAUCACGAAGAAAAGCAAAUUGAAGUCGUGCAUGACAAAGAAGAGGGGAAUAAAACAUUAAACGAAAGUGCACACAAUAAAGUUCAAUUUAAAAGAUACCAUAUUAAUGAAAUUGAAGUAGCAACUAAUUACUUUGACAAUGACCUCAAAAUUGGUGAAGGUGCAUAUGGACCUGUUUUUAAGGGAGUGCUUGAUGACAUUGAUGUUGCUGUUAAGGCCCUGAGACCAGACAUAACCCAAGGGGAGAAGCAGUUUCAACAAGAGGUUAAUGUUUUGAGCACGAUAAAACAUCCAAACAUGGUUAAACUUCUAGGUGCAUGUCCAGAGUAUGGAUGUCUUGUGUAUGAGUACAUGGAAAAUGGUAGUUUAGAAGAUCGUCUUUUCCAAAAAGAUAACACCCCAACAAUUCAAUGGAAAGUUCGAUUCAAAAUAGCAUCAGAAAUUGCAACCGGUCUUUUGUUCCUUCAUCAGACAAAGCCUGAGCCUAUUGUGCAUCGUGACCUCAAACCAGCAAAUAUUUUGUUGGAUAGUAACUACACAAGCAAGAUCACUGAUGUGGGUUUGGCGAGGCUAGUCCCUCCUAAAGUACCCAACAAAACCACUCAAUACCAUAAGACAACAACAGCUGGUACAUUUUGCUACAUCGAUCCAGAGUAUCAACAAACAGGACUAUUGGGUGUAAAAUCAGACAUUUAUUCAUUGGGUGUAAUGUUGCUGCAAAUUAUAACCGGAAAGCCUCCUAUGGGUGUGGCUCACCUAGUUCAAGAGGCGAUAAACAAAGAUAGAUUUUCAGAGGUUCUUGACCCAAAUGUCACUGAUUGGCCUGUGGAAGAGACUUUAUCAUAUGCAAAGUUGGCUUUAAAGUGUUGUGAGAUGAGAAAACGAGAUAGACCAGACCUUUGUUCUGUCAUUUUGCCAGAGUUGAAUCGACUUAAAAACUUGGGAGAAGUAGCCACUAACAUUGAUUGA